CUAUCUAGUUGGCUAAACUGUUAUCGAUCAUGGCCGGGGAGAGAGGGUGUAUGUUAUUGUUUGCAAUUUUCAGCUGAUAGGAAUGGAAUUGAUAGUGGGACUAACAAAGCGUCUGAAGAAAAGCCUUUUAGAUGUAUCCAUUCGAAUAUUAACAGUUCAAUCUUCGCAUUACACGAGAUUAGCCGAAGUUGGUAGAUUGGAAACACCCAAAGUUCAGGGUAAAUACGACACUGGACAAUUGUUUCUACAUCGAGUAUUUGGUUAUCGAGGUGUGGUGUUAUUUCCUUGGCUGGCAAGAGUCUAUGACAGGGAUGUACCUAACAAAAGAGAUAGCCACGAUGAUGCAAACUUUAGUCAUGUGGGGAAGGAGGUGAAGGGGCAGACUCACACUUUCUAUCAAGUGUUGAUAGACUCCAGGGAUUGCCCUUACAUUCGGGCCCAGACAGAAGCUGUGACAUUCCUCGGUAACCAGGACAGUAGUCGCAGUCUUUAUGCGAUCCCGGGCCUGGACUAUGUUGCCCACGAGGACAUUCUUCCAUAUACUACAACAGAGAAGCAGCCUUUGCAGCACGAGCUGUUUGACAAGUUUCUUAUGUAUUAUCCAGAUAAAGAUCCUCCAUUUGGGGCACAGGAAACAUUGCGUGCCUGGCAGAAGAAGAACCACCCGUGGCUUGAACUCUCAGAUGUGCACAAGGAGACGACGGAGAAUGUUCGUAUUACAGUGAUUCCGUUCUACAUGGGUUGUCGGGAAUCGCAGGCCACCUCUGUGUUUUGGUGGCGCUACUGCAUCCGACUGGAAAACCUGGGAGACCUGACAGUGCAGUUGCGGGAGAGACACUGGAGGAUAUUCAGUCUGUCCGGGACAUUAGAGACUGUGCGAGGUCGUGGAGUGGUGGGCCAAGAGCCUGUCCUGUCUAGCAGUUUACCUGCUUUUCAAUACAGCAGCCAUGUUAGCUUGCAAGCUCCCAGUGGACACAUGUGUGAAGUAGAAGGUGACUGUCUUGUACAGGGGUACGUUCCGCAUGGAGCGAGAGGAUGGUUACACGUUUGAUUGUCGGAUCCCACCCUUCUCUCUUGAGAGUAAAAGUGAAGACCCUGGAACUACAACGGGAGUUAUGUGAGUCAGCUUAUAGUGCCAACAGUCACGCAGAAGAUAGUGUGUAUAAUGAAAAUGUAUAUAUUUAUUACCUUUUUAUAUUAGGAAAAAAUGAGUUCAAAAUUUUUCAAAAAUAAAUUUCAGUUAAUUUUUCAUACUGUAUGUACAUUUAAAUUUAUUCUGCUCCAUGAAAUCCUAGUAACUUGUAGAGUAAUUCAUUUUGAGUAGAUGAGGAUAAUAAAGAUGAAUGUAUAUAUGAAA